AUGUCAUUAAUGCCCGAUGUCAAACAUAGGGCACAGGAAGAUGUCGAUCAGACUAUGGAGUUUCCUAAUGAAGACAGCAAUCAAAAUAGGAGCUUUUGUCAUGAAGACAGCAUUCAAAAUAAAAGUUCCACGUCAGCCAGAAAACGGCGAGAAUCAGAAGUCAUAGAAGUACGAGCUCAGAUUAAGACAGCUGUAAAUGUCCUAAAAAAUCUCUCCGACCGACCACGAACUGAAGUGAACGAGGAACCAUCUCAACCCCAUGUGAGCUAUACAGCUGAUACAGAAGAUAGGAUACCAUCACCAGCAGAAAUUGAGCUCUUGGCAUUACCAUCAGCUGCAGAAGAUACACCCAUAACAGUGCCAGCAAAUGUAACAUCUCCACCAGCACAUCCUGUCAGUCCUGUGCUAGGAGGACCUUCAAAUAGUAGAACUAUACAAGGAGAAAGGUCGCCGGUAUCUGCGGCCCUUCUACACCUCGUCGUCGCCGUCUCAGACAGCGAAGACUGCGACAAACACCAUUUGACCGAGCCACCAGCGAGUUUGUGGCAAUAG